AAUAUGUAUAGUUACAUGCCGUCCAACUUAAAAGAUUAUAUUUUUGACUGUUCAAUAACUUUUUUUCAGUGGCUUGACUGUAUUCAUCAACUCAUCAGGCAGUUUCCCGUGUCGUUUGAGUUCUCUCAUAACUAUCUAAUCAAACUCGCGCAGCACACAUUUUCUAAUUUAUAUGGCACCUUCCUUUGCAACACCCACAAGCAAAGAUCAAAAAUUGUACACGGAAGAACGUUUUCAGUAUGGGACCUAUUAAGUUCGUCCAGCUUUAAAAAUCAUCUUUAUGCGCCUACACAAAGUACAACAACGGCCAAUAGGGUUUUAUGGCCGAAAACCCAUAUACGAGACCUAAGGCUUUGGUCGGAAGUAUAUUUGGGUUCUCUAGAAGCAAAUUUUAAUCCAGAGGAGGGUUCUGGAGGUGCUUGUCCGGGACCUCCUGAUAUGAACGGGCACAUUAACAUGUCCAAAACGAGAUCUUAUGGCGAUUUAUUGAAUGGUGACGCUUGUCAUGUAUUGUAUGGAGGUAGACGAAGCAGUGAUCCCAGUAUUAAUAGAGAGUUAAAACUUGUCCCACAUGGAAAUGGAGCAACUGACACAAUAAAUAACACUGACGUUGCUAAUGGUCAUCACAAUCAUAACGAAUCUACAAACGACAAUAUUCCAGAUUUUCUACCCAGCGACAUGGAAGAUAAUGCACCCGAUUGCGAGCAAGAUUGUAUUUUCAGAAUCGAUGCAAAUCCCACACCGCUAACUGACGAUCAAAUAGACGGUCUUAGUUUCGAUUGUGGCUACAUGCAACCAAAGGAGAUAAAUUCCGAAACGAAUCGGAACGAAACUGACGAAUUAUCUCAAACUACCAAUGAGAUGACUCUAAAUACUCAAGAAAAUGUCACAAAUAGUAUGGCGAGCAUUUUUUUAGCAGAUAGCCGGGUAGAUUCGAAAGAGAAUGCGAUGGCUUUUGGAAGUGAGGCGGAAUCUACACUUAGUGAAAGAGGGUCUGAAACUGAAAACAAUUUGGGUGACGAAGAAUUUUUGGAAAACAAUAUUUCACCUGCUAGUGGGGAAGAACAGGAUCAUAACAAUUGUAUAAAUAGUAGAGACAUUGAAAAUGACUUGUGUAGAGCAAGUGAACAAGUCGAGAGAUUAUUGAGCUUGGAACCAUCUGUAGAGACCAGUACUGAAACUCUCGUCUCAGACCAACUGGUUCCCGGUUCAUCGCCUAAUGAGUACAAUGGUUUUGAAAAAAUUCGUAGUCCUAUCGAUAUAAUAGAUGGAGGAGAAGACUGUAAAAUCUGUGUGGAUGGAGAAAAUGUUACUAACGGAAAUUCUGCGACUGAAAGUACAGGAAUACCUGGCUUAAAUGGAUGGGAUGGCGCCUGUAUGCAAAGUCACACCCAUAAAUACAGAAGGCGAGCAUCUAAUUGCCAACUAGGUGAAGAUGGUUUGAUACCUAUAAGAUCACCAAUAGAAGAACGAUUGGAUCAGAUUGUAGAGGAACAUAGGGUAAGCUUGGAAAAUCAUUUAUAAGCCGAAACAGAAAUGGUGAAGUGGAUUCAAAUUACAAUAGGCAUAAUGACAGUAUAAAAGCAUCAAAGAAUAAUUGGUUUUAGGGAAAAGUUGAAAGGAUUCUAAAAAAAUACUAAUUGUUAAUGUAAAUAUUGGAAUCAAUAAGAUUUUUAUUGAAAUAAAAGCGUAAAAUACUGUACUCGGGCAUAUUGACUGAGGCACCAAUCAGAGCGCACGACGUGACGCAUUCGUAAAUAAUCCCCGCGUGUGUUCCGUGUCCCUUAAUUGUUAUGGCAGUCGUUCGUUCUGCAUGAAUUUAUUGAUGGUUUUGUUCUAAAUAACAGAAUUUAACAUUCAUCAACGAUGGAACAAUGAUUUAUUAAGAUGAACAGCUCUAACUUGUCCAGAGUUGAUACGUUCGGGUACAAUUUCUUCAUCAUCAAAAGCUUUCUAUGCUUUUUUGAGCGGAAGACAUCUAAUUAAUUACAUUUUCAUGCGAAGUUGGACACACUAAAUUUCAAUUAAGAGUAGAAUAUUCUUGCUUUGGCAUUUGUAAUACUUCAGUCACCUAUUGACUAAUCUAUAUGUCAUUGACCAUUGUGUAAAGUACUCCCCACCAAUUGCUAGUAUGUGUUUGAUAACCACCAAGCAACUGACGAUUUUCGUUUCAUAUAAAUUAAUUAACAAAAAAUCAGGUAAAA